AUGACUGCUGUGUCACCGGUCUCGACACACAGCUACCACUGGCGUUCGGAAUCACGUCAGACACAGGAACCACAGGACGAAAUCGUCAGUGGCACCCUUACCGCUCUAAAAGAUGAAGUUGAUAAGACAACGGAGGUGAUUCGAAGAAAAGGACAACAAAUGCGCAUGGAACGCCGCCAGUUCCAGACCGAGAUGGAGGUGACCGGAAGAGUUUCCGUCUCACCAACGGACGAGUUUCUGAGUACACGACUCAGGACCAUUUCUAUGGAGGACAUGAAUCGUGAACUUGGAAAGAUCAAGGAAGAUCAACGCCAGAACGCUGUAACAGACACAUUGGCGGCACUUGUGUAUGAUGUGAACGCGACAGCUGAGGUGCUCAGACGAGGACAUGGACGAGGAAGAGAUGGCAAGAAAAGCGUUCAAAGAGAAGAGAUCGAAUAUCGCCUACGUCUCUCGCCUCCAGUCGAAGAAGAACGCCCAUUCCCUUCGCCGAAGCCACGGACUAUACCAGAAGAGAGGUAUACGGUAGAUGAGGUGUCGCGCGACUAUGGAGUGGCAAUGAGCGAGAGCCAGACAAACAGCCUUCGUCGCACACGAGCGCGAUCUGAAACUCCGAGGAGGACGCUCCAGAUCGAGGGUUCUCCACCACCGACAGCGCCUGUGGUCUGUGCCUAUUGCAGUGAAGAGAUCGAUGGUCCCAUUCUCACAGCUUUAGCACCAAACUCCGAACGAGCUCAGAAAUUCCAUACAUAUCAUUUCAUGUGUUGCUAUUGUCAAAAGGCUUUGAAUAUGCAUGGCACAUUCAGAGAACACGAUAGACGGCCUUACUGCCAUGACUGUUUCUACAGACUUUACAAUGGCCUACUGUACAAACCGGAUGAGCAUCAGAAGACUAUCGAGAAGCUUAUUUGA